CUUGCUUCAUGUCAACCUGUCGACUUGCCAGUAGCGACUCAUCUCCUCAACUUCGGAUCAGAGUAGUACCCAGUACACUCAGACGCUCACGAUGGUUGCUGGAUUUUUCAACGGGAGCUCUCAGGAGGAGGCCGCGCCUGUCUACACUGCCAAUGAAGGAGCAAAAUCAGACGGUAGUCUUCAAUAUGUCGCUGAGAAAUCGGGCAACACCAAUGAGGUCUCCUACCAAGAGGCUUCUGGAGCGCCUGUGGAAUCGGAAUCGCCUCUUGGGUACUCAGUCGGAGCAAUCACCAUUAUCUUCCUCAACCUCAGUAAGAUGAUUGGUACUGGUAUCUACUCAACUCCUUCUACGAUCCUCCGCUACACAGGCUCCAUCGGCGCGGCUAUGUUCUACUGGACCUCUGGCUUUUUCAUAUCUCUAUCUUCCAUGGGUGUUUAUCUCGAAUACGCGGCCUACUUCCCCAACCGCUCUGGAUCCGAGGUUGCAUAUCUUGAACAGGCCUACCCACGACCGAAAUACUUCUUUCCGAUCAUUUUUGCAGUACAGUCUGUUGUUCUGUCAUUCAGCAGCAGUAAUGCAAUUGUACUGGCCCAGUAUCUCUUCGCGAUCAACGGUAGUACACCUUCCGCAUGGGAGCUGAAAGGUGUUGCCCUUGCCAGCUAUACUGUGGCUGUCCUAUUGCUAUCCUUCCACACUAAGUACUCAUACUGGUUAUCGAACGGGAUUGGCAUGGUCAAGCUGUUGACUCUCCUGUUCAUAUCAAUCACGGGACUGGUCGUGCUGGGCGGUAAUACGCGUGUGGAAAACCCUACAGUUGAUUUCUCACAGCCCUUCAAAGGCCACAUAACUCCGUAUGGAGCCACAACGGCACUAUACAGGAUCAUUUUCUCCUACGCAGGAUUUGAAAACGCCUUCAACGUGACGAAUGAGAUCAAGAAUCCGAUCAAAACAAUCAAGAAGAACGGUUUCAUCGCCUUGCUUCUCGUCGCCAUUUUGUAUAUCUUAGCGAACGUUGCAUACUUCGCAGCUGUUCCGAGAGCUGAGUUGGAGAAAGCGGAGCAGAUUGCAGCUUCCCUAUUUUUCCAGCACGUCUUUGGCUCCGGCGGUGCCGUCAAGGGCCUGAACUUCCUCAUCGCGCUAAGCGCAUUCGGUAACCUGCUUGCGGUCCUGAUAGGCUCGUCUCGUCAAAUCCGUGAAUGCGGAAGACAAGGAGUCCUGCCAUACCCUCGCUUCUGGGCUUCUACGCGCCCCUUUGGCACACCUCUUGGCCCGUACUUUGUCAAGUGGCUACUGACUGCCGUUAUGAUCCUCGCGCCACCCGCUGGCGAUGCGUUCAACUUCAUUGUUGACUUGCAGGUCUAUCCAGCUUCGCUAUUCAAUUUGACUCUGGCUGUGGGCCUGAUUCUGGUGCGGCAACGCCGCAAGCGACUCGGUCUUCCGAGACCCAGCUUCAGAGUUUGGGACCCUGUGCUCGCGUUCAACAUCUUCACGAAUCUAUACCUAAUUGUUAUGCCAUGGUACCCACCACCUGGCGGGAGGGGCAACGUGUCCUUCUGGUAUGGAACGUAUAUCGUUACUGGUAUUGCUAUCCUUAUCUUUUGUGGUCUGUACUAUAUCGGUUGGCUCUACGUGCUCCCCAACUUCCGUGGCUACCGCAUCCGUCAAGGCAUCAUUACGUUGGAUAGUGGCGCGAAGACGCAUAAACUGUUCAAGGUACCAGUAGGGGAGCUAUCAGCAUGGGAUGCGACGCACGAUGCUUUGGGCCGGGAGUUGAACGAUGCAGGUAGCUCGGAUCAGGAUGUGCAAGUCGGGGAGAGCGUCAAGGACAAGCAGUGAAAAUGAUGCGACUUGACCCCAAAAAAUUUGCUAGCACCAUUCGACGCCAAUAAGUAGCUCUGAGUUUUCUACUGUAAAGCUAUCAUCAUGGCACAUGAGUGAUGAUCAUGAGCUUCGACCUUUAACUCAGUAUUUUUAGUCUGUGCUUUCAAAACUUAGCUUGGAUCUAAUCACCCUGAAUUAUCGAAAACACUGAUAGAACCAAGCACUUCUUUAAAAUCC